AGUUUAAUAUAGCAUGUACACAAUAAUAGGUGUAUGAAGACGUAUUUGUUCACUAGAAUAAUGUCUCUAAUACAACAGAGUAUUUUGAAAAGGAGUUUGCAGAUCAGAAAAGUAACAUUUUUUAAAAUAAAUGAAUAUUUAAAUGCGAAUGGAACCAAAAGGAAUCUUUUCUCAAGCUCGUUCAAACCGAACAUUUCGCAUGAGGAGACUCGAUCAUUUUUAAAUACAUUUCCUGUAAUUAUAAAAGACUUAACGGAUCAUGACCUUUUCAAUAUUUUUCCCGAGAUGAAAAAUCGAUUGGAUCGAAUGAUGGAAUACUCCUCAUUAGCUGGAAAUAAAAGUGUACCUCUCACCAUGCUCAUGGCCUAUAAAUCGUUUGAAAAACCUGAAAAACUUACGGAUGAAAAUAUGACUUUGGCAUAUAUUCUAGGAUGGUUAACGGAAUUGGUUCAAAUUGUUUUUUUCAUGACUACGGAUGUAGCUGAAGAAAUAAAUACCCGUAAAAACAUACCGACUUGGCAUACCUAUGCUGAUGUGCAACUCAAAGCAGCCAAUGACUCGACGAUUUUGGAAAAUUAUGUCUUCUUAUUUUUAAAAAAGUAUUUUUCAUCUCAUUCCCAUUAUGAACAGUUGAUGGAUUUAUUCAACAACACUAUUUACAAGACUUUUCAAGGAAUUGGAUUUGAAUCAUGUAAUGUCAAUAUCGAAGAUUUUUCUAUGGACAGACUCGAAAAAAUUGCAAAAUAUAGGUUUUUCUAUAGCUGUUAUCUUUUACCUAUUUAUUCGGCUAUGUACCUGGCAGAUAUGACGGAACUGAGAGGAUUUGAAAGCACUGAAAAUGUUUUAUUUGAGAUGGCGAAAUAUACUAAAGUUGAGAAUGAUUAUUUGGAUUCGUUCAACUGUCCCAGCUUCAACACAAAUAUAAGAUUUGGACGGUGUUCUUGGCUGGCUUUGAAAGCAUACGAAAAGGCGAGUUUGUCUCAAAAGGAUCUUCUGAAAAAAUUCUAUGGUUGUUUGAACAACGAAUCUACACACAAAAUUCGAUGUCUAUAUGAGGAACUAGAUAUACCACGUGAUUUUCAGAAUCACAGAAAUGAAAGUUUUCGUACUAUUCGGAAGAAAAUUGAUGAUUUAUCUAUGUAUAAUGAAAUGACUCUCCUUCGGCAGGUUCUCAAUAAUUUUGUUAUUGCCAAGGCAGUGAGAGCACAGUAAAAUAGUAUUACUUAUGAACUCUUUGUGAACAUCGGAUAAAGUAAAACGUGUUUUGAAUUAAACUUUAGGUGAAGACAUUCUUUAAUCAGCACUGAAAUGCUGAGCAGUA